AUGACUCUAACAACAACCAAGGCGUCUUUGGCCGUGUACAAACAGAGCUUCCGCGAGUAUUUGCACGAAACCGGUGCAGUCCAAGAUGAGGCGGAGCUGGACCAGCUGAUGCAGCUACUACACGAGCCUCUACCCAUUUCGUUCCGUCUCAAUCUACAUCGUCCAGACGCUGCAAGACUGAAGACACUGCUGGCUGUGGAACAUCAAUUUCCGAGUCAACGGUAUUUCUACGGUACCAUUCCCGUUAAUCCACCAACGCCCAUUGCAUGGUAUCCGCUAGAGAAUGUGGCGUGGCAAAUGGAUUGCGGGCGUGUCGCGCUCUCGAAAAGUGCGCCGAAACACAAGGAUGUGCGUGCAUUCCACACGUGUUUGUUAGAGCAGACGGAUCGUGGAAAUAUUGACCGUCAGGAGGCAGUGAGCAUGCUGCCCGUGCUUUUUCUAGAGGUGCAGCGGGGUCACCGUGUGCUCGACAUGUGCGCUUCUCCUGGUUCAAAAACGACGCAGGUCAUUGACUUUUUGCUGUCAUCAGAGGGUAGCAAUCGUGAAGAACAGAGCGGUCUUGUCGUUGCCAAUGACCUUGACAAGAAACGGGCGUAUAUGCUUGUGCACCGCCUUUCACGGAACACGCUUCGUCGUGCUGUGGUAACUUGUGGUCCGGGUGACACGUUCCCAGGUCUUUACGACGCUGGAACAGCGACAUUAAAGCCUACGAACGUGUUUGACCGGGUGCUGUGUGAUGUUCCUUGCAGCGGUGACGGAACACUACGCAAAAAUCAAGCGUUGUGGAAAGAAUGGCAUGUCGGGCAAGGUCUGACAUUACAUCCGGUUCAGCUAGCGUUGGCUCUUCGUGGGGCAGCACUGCUUAAGGUCAACGGCCUAAUGGUCUACUCAACGUGUUCGUUCAACCCUGUGGAAAACGAAGCUGUUGUGGCGGAACUGCUGCGUCGUGCUGGGGGAUCACUCGAGCUGCUGGAUGUUUCAAAAAACUUGCCAGAGCUUGUUGUCCGCCCGGGUCGAUCAAAAUGGCGUGUAGGCUGGCGUUCAAAGUCAAAGUCUACAAACAAAGGCCAUCUGUUCGAGGGUGCCAAUGGUAAAAUCAAUCACGCGGGUCCUAAGUAUCACGAAUGGUUCGACAGAUACGACUCGAUGGUGCAGAGACUUCGUGGCAAGCGAGUGACACGAUCCAUGUUUUCACCCGAAGGUGAUAUUGCCCAGGAACUGCGCAAAACACUUCGUCUCAUCCCAACUGACCAGAAUUCGGGUGGAUUUUUCAUUGCUGUGUUACGCAAAGUGCGCGAUUUGCCUGGUGAGGAGGGACGUCAGGAAGGCCUCUCACAAUUGGAAGAAAUGGAGAUGAUACCACCAGCUGAUUACAUUUGCAAGCUGUGUGGCAAGGGUGGCCAUUUCUUGAAAAGCUGCCAAAAGUUCUUAUCGGACGCAGAAUUUGCUGCUUCGAACCCGUUUACGGAGUCACGGAAAAAGCGUGUGGACGUGUCGACAGAUGCAGCUAAUGGUGCAAAGAAACAGUCUGAAAAGAAGCGUGAGACGCUUUAUCGCGCUAUUGGUGACGAUGUGUGGCAGCACUUGCAAGAGUUUUAUGGCCUUGAAGAUGAGUCGCUAGCGGGGCACUUUUGGUGUCGCUCUGAUACUGCAGCGACUGUGAACUACGUGGACAAGGAAAUCUCUGAUGCCUGUUUGGGCGGCGACGCACUUGAUAUUGUAAACACGGGCUUGAAGGUAUUCACGAAGACUACAGAGCGUGGCGAGGUGUUCUAUCGCCCGUCGGAGGAGAGUCUCGGCUUCCUUGAUGGCUUUUUUACAAAGCGACGGCUAGACAUUCCGAGUACCGACUUCUCGAUUCUUCUCACGAACGCGGAGCAUCACGUGGCAUUUGAUGCGCUGUCGUCCGAUCUACAGAAGUCACUUUCCGGUAUGCCAGUGGGUCCUGCUGUUGUCCGAGUUCAGGGAAACGAACAAGUGAGCAUGAACAUCUGGAUCGGCAAGGGGUCGAUCUUGCCUCGCGUGUCGAAAGCCAUGCGCGGAGAGGUCAAAGACGCGCUGGAGCAGUGCACGUAA